AUGCCUUCCGCCAUCACCGCCAUGCCUGAGCAGCAGUUUAGCUACCCUCCGCUCGGCGAGAUGCUCGAGACGCACCCAUAUGCGCUCCCUGAGCAGCGCGCCUUCCACCAGCUUGCCAACGAGCGCGACUACACCCACGAUGAGCACGAACACGAACACCUCGCCAAUGGGCCCCCAAGAUAUGCGACUCCUCCCCCGAACGCGGAGUACCAGCUUCACGCAACUAUGGCCAGUGAGCUACAAGCUGCGUUGGAUCCGAAGAACGAGCCACCAACAGAGGAACCGGGACGCUCCAAGGCGGUACCGAAGCCGGAUCGUCCGGUGAUGAAGGAUGAUAACGGGCGCUAUGUGUGCAACUGGCCUGGAUGUGAUGAGGCAGUCAAGGAUUUCGGGAGGAAGUGCGAGUGGUCAAAGCACAUGGAUAAGCACGACCGUCCCUAUAAAUGCCCCGUCCCUGGAUGCGCGAAACUCCCAGGCUUCACAUACUCUGGCGGCCUCCUGCGCCACGAACGCGAGGUCCACCACAAACACGGCGGCCCCCGCAAACAGCUUAACUGUCCCCACAUGAACUGCAAGCGCCACCACGGAAAGGGCUUCUCGCGCCAGGAGAACCUGAACGAGCACCUUCGCCGCGUGCACACUGGCACUGAUGGCGCGGAAACUAUCGGCACUGAGGAGUCUGAAGGAGAGGGUGGCAAGCGCAAGCGUGAGAGCGACGAGGAGGUCCGUGAGGAGCUCAAGCGGAUUAAGACUGAAAAUGAGGACCUGAAGCGCCAGGGCGAGGAGAUGAAGCGUCAGAGCGAAGAGAUGAUGCGCCAGAUUCGUGCGCUCCAGGAACAAGCUGGGGCUAUGGCGCAACAACAGAUGGAGGCCCAUGCUCAGCAGCAAGCACAGCAGGCUACGAGAAUGCCAGCCGCGUCAAUGAUGUGA